CUUAGUUUAUGGAAGCGCCUAUGGGUGAGGUUGCUGUAGCUGCUACUAGGGUUGAAACCAUGCUUGGUGAUACUGCCAUCCAAAUGAUGCGAGACUGUUUCGCCUCUCUUCAGUUAAACGUCACGUAGUCUGGAGUGAUUGGGUUGGGCUCCCAUCUUGUCGUCGAUUCCCUCAGCAUACUACUGAACUUCUCCGUGUCGCUGCAUAAUCCUCCACCGAUCGGGAAAUCUUCCUGUCUCGCCGGCGAAGAGGAACCAAGUCUGAGUGAGGGCUUCAAUUUCUCUUCGUUCUGGAAUCUCCAUUGUUUCUCUGCCAUCGGAAGAUCUUGUCGCACCACCGGUUUCGGCUGUGAAGAGCGUAAUUUUGUAAGCAUCGCAACAUGAAGACCGAAUCAGACUUUAGAGUGGGACAGAGAGUACACUCGAUCAAUGAUCCUCGUCGAGUGGGCACUGUCAUGUAUGUCGGAGAAGUGCAAGGAUACUCUGGUGUCUGGAUUGGUGUUGAUUGGGAUAAAGACGGGGACGGAAAACAUGACGGCUCCGUCAAUUGUGUCCGCUAUUUCCAAGCCCGCUCGGAUUGCUCUGCGUCCUUUGUCCGUCCCCAGAAUCUGAGCCACGGAAUUACUUUGCUUCAAGCCUUGGAGCUCAGGUACAGGACAACUUCCUCUAAGGACGAAGAAGAUGAGAUGUACGUUCUGUCCACCAGGAACCAACGUGUUUCUGUUCAGCUUUUGGGGAAGGAAAAGAUACAAGACAAGCUAAGUCGGUUUGAGGAACUUACAAGCGCUUCUCUUUCUUAUCUUGGUGUCAGCUCCCUUGGAACUUCAUCUGAUGCAGGCUCUGUUAUACCAAAUCUGAAGGAGCUUGACUUAACUGGAAACUUAAUUUCCGAAUGGAAGGAAAUUGGAGCGCUUUGUGAACAGUUACGGUCUCUUACAGCCCUAAAUCUGUCUUGCAAUUCUUUGGCACACGACAACAUGUAUCUGCCGCAGCUCAACAUCCGUGUCUUGGUUCUGAAUAACACCGGUGUCACCUGGACUCAGGUUGAAAUGGUUGGACGUUCAUUGCCUUUACUCGAGGAGUUGCACUUGCUGGGAAACAAGAUCGCUGCUGUAACGUCUCCUGCUGAUCAAUCAUUCAACUCUUUGCGGCUUCUGAAUUUGGAUGAUAAUUGUUUCUCCGACUGGGGAGAAGUAUUGAAGCUUUCUCAGCUGAGAUGUUUGGAGCAGCUGUACCUGAACAACAACAAGUUGUCACACAUCUUUUAUCCUGAUAGCGAUAUGCUCUUAAAAUUGUUUGACGGUCACGGGUCUCUUGGGAAAAGCUGCGAGCCAUUUGAAAAUCUUCAUUGUCUUCUUCUAGGAUCUAACAAUAUUGGAGAUCUAGCUGCAAUAGACUCGCUAAACUCGUUUCCUAAAUUGAUGGAUAUCAGGCUUUCUGAAAACCCGAUCUCUGAUCCAUCAAGAGGUGGUGUUCCGAGAUUUGUCUUGGUUGCAAGACUAAGGAAUGUGCAAGUGCUGAAUGGGAGUGAGGUUAAGGCUCGUGAGAGAAAAGAUUCGGAGAUCCGGUAUGUGCGCCAAGUGAUGUCAAAGUGUAAUGACAACCAAGGGGAAAUCGAGUCGCUUCAUCCUAGGUUUUUCGAACUCAAGAAACUCCACGGAAUUGAGGACGAGAGUCAAACAGUCGGAGCGACGGGUCCUCAGAAUAUGGCAUCCGGAUUGCUCUCUGUUACGCUAAAAUGUGUCAGUGCGUCAAUCGGCGAAAAACCGAUAAUCACGAAGAAAUUUCCGAGCAGUACAACGGUUGGGAAGCUAAAAAUUCUUUGUGACAACUUUUUCAAGCUCAAGUCCCUCAAGCCAAAACUAUUUCUCCAAGAAGAGGGGUCGCCUUUGCCAGCGUCGCUUGACGACGAGAUGGCGAACUUGUUGGACGUUGGGAUAAGCGAUGGGUCGACAGUCCUCGUUGAUUUAGAGGAUUGACUCAAGGUGUCUCUCUCUGCUCUUUCAAUGGUUGUGGUCAAAGACAAAUUUGUGUCACUGAAUUCCUCAUUAUCUUAGCUCCUUUCACAUCGAGGAGAGUUACGGGUUUCGAUUUUGCAUGGAA